AUGUAAACACCCGUGUUAUGUGUUCAUUGAUUAUGUAUGUCGAUGAUGAUUGUAAUUUGUUUGACAUGCACUUAUUAUAACAACAGUAGAAUAAUAAGGACGCUUGAUAAAAUGUAGUACAUACCACGAAUCUGAUUAGAAGUAUUGCCGUUAUGGCCGAGGAAUAUGUGCUCGGGGAUCAAACAAGCAAAUUGCAAGAAAUCUUCAAUAAACAUGCUAACAAUCAAGGCGUAUUGCCAACCAACCAGAUUGCCUCUGUCAUGCCUGAGCUUGGACUCAGUCCCUCAAGAGCUCAAGUGGAAGACAUGGUGCGGUGUGCAAGUCGCUGUGGUCACAGACAACUUCUCGACCAUAUCAAGUUCACCGAGUUUGCUGUCCUAGUAACAGAACUACAGGAUUCUUACAAGAACUGCCAAUUUCAUCCUAUAUCGGAAUCUAACAACAAGUCACGGAAGUCAUGUCAUGGUGCCAGAGCACUAGCUAGAAAACUAACUCGGGAACAUUCCAGCAUACAAGUGUUUCUUGGGGGAUCAUGUAAUCCAACAACAUGGAGGAAGGACACAGCCAUACCUUUUCUGAAGAGCUUAAACAUUACUUUUUACAAUCCGCAAGUACCACAUUGGGAGCCAGAAUUGCUGGAAGUAGAGGACCAGGCAAAGGAGGCAUCAGAGGUGCUAUUCUUUGUUGUUGACAACGAAACGCGUGGUGUGUCUUCAAUCAUAGAGAUCUCAUACUAUGCAGGUAGUCGGAGAGCGAUCAUCGUCGUGCUGAAGCCGUUUCAACGACCAGGAGUCAUUAUCAGGGAUGAACCGCUCAGUAAAAGUGAGUGUGAAGAGCUGAACAACACACAGACCAGCCUACAGGAUCUGCUCGAGCGGCAGUGCAUACCAGUGUUCAGUGACAUCUACAGGGCGCUGGUGUGCACUUCCAAGGUGCUGCAAGAGUGCAAGUGUGUGCAGGAACUAACAGCAGCUGAUGGGGUGCAGGCUGUAUGCUACCCUCACCUGCAAGUAGGAAAGAGGCUCAUCACCUUGCGAGAAUCAUUUUUCUUCAUCGACUCUACGAAUUCUGGUUUUCUCGACCUCAACGAACUCUGCCUAGCAUAUCGCUCUGCAACAAGCACAGAGUUCAACCCAGAAUGGCUGGAUUUUCAGCAAAGAAACAAGGGAAUGUUCACCUUUGAGGAGUUCUGUUGCAUAUGGGUUGAGUUCCGGUUGCAGGCAAGUCAUCGCUGGCCCAUGGCGCGCUUUAUAAUGUCUAUUAUAAUGGAUUGCAUUCUACGGAGUGUUGGCCGGAUUUUCCUUUAUACGCUGUCAGUGUUCGGUUUCUCUAUGGUGAAUCUCAAACGAGAGAAAACUGGCAAGGAGGUAUACCUUGGUGGCACCUGUAUGCAAUCGGAUUGGAAGAGGGAGGCAAUCACACUAAUAAGAAAACAUGGCGUAACAUACUAUGAGUGCUUGCCGUCAACACUGGUGAGGGAAAGUGCACAGGAGAACUGCAAAGUACUGCUGUAUGUGAUACCACCCGAUGCACGUGCCCUUUUCCUAAUGGCAGAGGCAUCAUAUUUCAUCGGAAGGAAGAAAAAUCUGGUACUCUGCGUAAAGUAUCUAUCAAAGGAUGUUAUCAUCAAUGGAAGCAGUUUGUCCGUACAGGCAGUGAAAGACUACAACAGAGGUCGUACGUACCUGAGUGACAUCGCUAACAGAGAGAGUGUGCCCGUGUUUGAUGACGUCACCGAGGCAGUGCACUGUGUCAUUGCCAAGGUCAAGGCCUCGGCCGCGAACAAUAUCAGUAGCGUCGCAGCGACGUGCAUGCUGUGAUCAAGAUGAGGAAGAGGACGAUGUGGCAGCUAGCCAUCCCGCUUCACCCUACGUACACGACGCGUUCCCCUCAACGUAUGUUACAGAGAUGGGGUCGUGGGAUGGUGUUACUGCUGAGAGAUGAGGAUGAGGAUUAUGUGGCAGCUAACGAUUCCGCUAUACCACGUAUACGGCGCCCUCCCUCCACGUAUGAUGUGGUCGUGGGAUGGUUUUACUCAUGAGAGAUGUAGAGUAUUGUUUUAGUCAUGUGUGUGUGUUUUUCUAUUUGACAAUGAUUCGAGUGAUGUCCAUUCGAAAUACAGGAUAGGAUCAUGUUAGUAUGUAUCGUCACCACAGUAACUUUCCCUUUAUUAUAUAUAAUCAACGUGCCAUAUAUGUAGUAGCAUUGCUCAAGCACAUGUCUGGUGAUAUAAGGUGAGAGACAAAUCAGUGCCAAAUAUAAGUAUUCCGUUGAUGGAUCAGUGUGGAAAUGAUCUUUUGAUGUGAUAACGGAUCAGCACCAUUAUACAGUGGUGAAGUGAGUUUAUGAUAAUGUUACAGAAGUGUGCUGUCUCUGAAUGCUGGUACAGAACAGCUUCUAUAAAUCAUUCGUAAUGGGCAUCGUUAUUUAAUGAUCCGUUGCCUGGUUGAUGCGAGUUUAGUAAACAUGAAAGUGUUUCCGAUGAUUUGCCAGCAUUCAGUGUAUCAGGAGUCUAUCAAUAUUCUAGAUUAUCUAUUGAUAGACUCCUGAGUGUAUGGUUAAGAGAAGCACACCUGGGGCAACCUUAUUGUUUGAUGUGCAAUGUUCUGCAUUGGGAUUUUUUGUGUACAUUCCGCGUAUCUGCAUGCAGACGUUGCAAUUUCACCUAGCAGAAAACAACGAUGGCAUUUCGAUUCUAACUUAGUUAAUGCUAUAUAUCUUACUAUGCCAAAACACAGGGGUCCAGUAAUUUGUUUGACAACGGGCCCCAGGUUCUUGUAACUCCAGCAUCUGUUCAAAGUAUUUUUGUUUAGGAAUAUUUGUAAAAAUGCUGAAAAUAAAGCAUUAUACAUGCCCAAACCAAAAUAGAUACCUUUUGCACUAACUUAAAAGUUCAA